GGAAUAGAAAGAACAGUUGCCUUUCUGCUGAAAUAUUGCUAAUGCCGGCAAAUUUCCGCCGAUUUGGUGUUUUUACCCCUGCUUCCCAAAUCCUUCUCCCCACUUGCGUGUUUGCGGUUGGAUAUUUGCCAUGUGAAGAUGUAUGUCUUCAUUUUCCUUUUCAGUUAUCGGGUCUCUUUAAAACAUUCUUCUCCUUGAGCCCAAUUUAGAUUUACACCCGAGAUGUAACCCCAGACUAUUUUAUCCCCAAUUAUUUGUUUUAUAUUUCUCUAAAGGGCCAGCUCGAUGAUUCUUCAAAGCGUCAUACACAAGCUGCAAAGGCAAGCCUGAUAUCUGCUAUCGUCUGUGUGUAUCCUUCGUCAUGGCCGACGCCGUCUCCAAAGACCAUGUUGAGAUCACAGCUGCUUCUAAACAGUUGUCUAUGGAGAAUGAGAAGGCUCAAUCCGGCCCGCAUGUUGCACACAGUCGCAUCGUGCUGAUCCCUCAUCCUUCUGAUGACCCCAGAGAUCCAUUGAAUUGGACGAUAUUCAGAAAAGGCAGAGUGCUCGCCGCCCUCUGCUUGGCUUGCUUCUGCGGCUUCACAAGCGCACUCGCGUCGCAGCUCGAAAUUGGCCCGCUCUCGACUCUCUAUCAUCAGGCUCCGACGGCCAUUUCCUACCAGAAUUCAUCAGCCAAUGCCGGUAUGGUAAUUGGUGGCAUAUUCUUCUAUGUGCUAUCCUUCAUCUUCGGCCGCCCUUCAAUCUUUUUCUGGUCGCUCCUCGGCCUCAUUGGCUCAGAUUUAUGGUCUUCUUACAUGACAAAAGACGACCAAUUCAACAUUUUCAUAGUGUCGCGCGGUUUUGCUGGUUUCUUUGGCACCGCCGUGGGUGUCCUCGGUCCACGCAUGCUCAUUGAUAUGUUCUUCCUUCACCAACGUGGACGCGCAUUUACCAUCUUCCACUUCUUCUUCGACUUUGGCACCGCAGCCGGCCCCUCGCUUUGCUCCUUUGUCGUACAAGGUGCUGGCAACGUGCAGUGGGCUUUCUGGUUCAUUGCUAUCGUCACAGGCUUCGCGGCCCUUCUCGUCUUCCUGUUCGUCGAGGACACUACCUGGGAUCGCACUCCUGGAGCAAUUAACAACCCACUGCCCGAAGGCUUCAUUGCCAAUCGCAUUGCGACUUUCUUACCCGGCACUCGUAUCGUCCCCCGGAAGUCUGUCGGCGAGCUGGCCCGGAUUGCCAGCGUCCCCUUCAAGAUCGCUGCUACGCCUGUCAGUUUGAUGAUUGGCAUAUUCACUCUAUUCAGCUUUGGUUUCUCAGUUGCAAUGAACUCGCUUACCCCUGUGUGGCUACAAAAGCCUGUCAAAGCUGGCGGGUAUGGCUUUACGCCCAUUCAAAACGCACUCUUCCAAUUUUCACACUGGACCGGCGUAGCUCUCGCAUUUGUUUACGGCCAGGCCCUUGCCGACCGCUUGCCAUUAUGGCUUGCAGCACGUUUUAACAAUGGGACUUGGAAGCCAGAGUAUCGCUUACACGCUCUGUGGCUUCCCGCGCUUGUAUGUAAUUGCAUAGGCAUCGGUCUGUUUGGCUAUGCUUUGCAGUAUCAUACAUCGUGGGGCGUGCUAGCAUUCGGAUCCAUCCUAGUUAUCUACGCAUCCAUGUGUAUUACGCCCAUCACAGUCAAUUAUCUGUCUGAGUGCUUCACCAACAACGUCGAGGAGGCGGCCAUCGUUCUCAACACAUUCCGUAUCGCCUUUGGUCUGUCUGUUGCGUUUUACAUCACUCCUUGGGUCGAUGCCAUGGGUAUUGGAUGGACAUAUGGGUUGAUGGCUUUCAUCAUGAUCUUCAGCUGGCUCUUCGUCUUGGUGCUCAUGUGGAAGGGUCAUCAAAUUCGUCAAAUUGAUCCAUUUGGCCUCAUUUCGACCGAAGAAGGUAAACACGUCCUUAUCGAUGAAGAGUCAGUAUAGGACGAGACUCGAGCGACGUUUGAUGCAUCUAUGUAAGGGUGGUCAUUUAGGCAAGGCAACCUUUCACAAGGACCAUAUAAAUAGAUCAGGGAUGGGAGAAAAUGGAAGUAUUAUAGGAUCACCGCUUCGAUGCUGCGACUUGCUUCUCAUUUCCUACUCAUUAUUACGGAUUAUCUUCUAUGCUCAAAAUAUAGAAUUCCAGCACAUAUUUAAAAAUAAAAGUUUUCUUUUGCC